UUAUUUUGAAGGUUAAGCACGCAAACCGGAUGUCUUCUCGAUACCAACGUUGUUUACUAGAACACUCCGUUUAUUUACCUGACUGAGCUCUGUUCGGUCGCGAUAUCGCAGUUAACACUGAAAAUUAAAUAAGACAACAAAUGGAGACAAUACACAAAGUACUCGGCUUGGAGUGGAUGGACGGCACGAGUCUUUUAAUAUUUCUGUGUGUUUUUCUGUUGUUGACUGAUGUUUUGAAGAACAGAGUGCCGACCAACUUUCCUCCUGGACCCUGGGCUCUUCCUUUGAUUGGUGACCUUCAUCGCAUCCAACCCUCCAGACUUCACCUGCAGUUCACAGAGUUUGCAGAGGAAUAUGGAAACGUUUUCAGCCUUCGGCUGUUCGGUGGAAGGAUUGUGGUGAUUAAUGGCUACAAGCUUGUAAGAGAGGCCCUGGUCCACAAAGGAGAGGACUACAUAGAUCGCCCCAUCAUACCAUUGGCGGAAGAAUUAAUUGGGAACAGAGGUCUGGUGGCAUCAAAUGGCAAUCCAUGGAAGCAGCAGAGGAGAUUUGCUCUUCAGACACUCAGAAACUUUGGUGUGGGCAAGAAGAGCCUGGAGCCAUCCAUCCAGCAGGAGUGCCAAUAUCUCACUGAAGCUUUUGCCCUUCAGCAAGGCAAGCCUUUUGAUGCCCAAUCACUGAUUACCAGUGCUGUGUCCAACAUCAUCUGCUGCCUGGUGUUUGGUGAUCGCUUUGAAUACACUGACAAGCAGUACCAGGGUAUUCUUCAGAAGUUCAAUGAAAUAGUGUACUUACAGGGAAGUUUGUGGACACAGGUUUAUAACACAUAUCCCUGGCUGAUGAAGUGGGUGCCCGGACCUCACCAGAGGAUAUUCACUCUGACACAAAACUUAAUGGACUUUAUAGAGAUCAGGAUUAAAGAACACAGAGAAAGCCUUGACCCGUCCUCACCGAGAGACUACAUCGACUGCUUCCUCACAGAGAUGGGAGAGAAGGAGGACACAAAUUCUGGUUUUGAUUUUAAAAAUCUGGCUGUUUGCACUCUGGAUCUGUUUGGUGCUGGAACUGAAACUACUACCACAACUUUACACUGGGGACUGCUAUUCAUGAUGUACUACCCUGACAUACAAGAGAGAGUCCAGGCUGAGAUAGAAUCUGUCGUUGGUUCAUCCAGACUGCCCUCUGUGACUGACAGAGAAAACAUGCCCUAUACUGAUGCAGUCAUCCAUGAAAUCCAGAGAAUGGGCAACAUCAUCCCCCUCAAUGUGGUCCGCAUGACAAACAAGGACACCGUGCUUGACAAGUACACAAUCCCAAAGGGCACCACUAUCUUACCCACGCUGAAUUCAGUUCUACAUGAUGAGUCGAUGUGGGAAACUCCACACACCUUCAACCCUCAACAUUUUCUGGACCAGGACGGCAAAUUUAGGAAGAGAGAGGCCUUCCUUCCUUUUUCAGCAGGUAAGCGUGUGUGUCUUGGGGAGCAGCUGGCCAGGAUGGAGUUAUUCCUCUUCUUUACCUCCCUCCUUCAGAGGUUUUCUUUCUCGGCAUGCGCUGGAGAGCAGCCCAGUCUGGAGUUCAAGUUGGGAGCCACUCGCUGUCCCAAACCUUACCGCGUCUGUGCCGUACCACGAUAAACCACCAACUGAACCAUCUGUUUCACAACACAAUGAAUCACAGCGUUCCAUUACAGUUAUUUCACCAGCAAGGACCACACAAUCAAAAGAUACGAUUAAAUGAUUUACUACCCCAAUUCCAAUGAAGUUGGGACGUUGUGUAAAACGUAAAUAAAACCAGAAUACAAUGAUUUGCAAAUCCUUUUCAACCUAUGUUCAAUUGAAUACACUACAAAGACAAGAUAUUUAAUGUUCAAACUGAUAAACUUUAUUGUUUUUUGCAGAUAUUCACUCACUUUGAAUUUGAUGCCUGCAACAUGUUCCAAAAACAGGACAGGGGCAUGUUUACCACUGUGUUACUGUGUUAUCACCUUUCCUUUUAACAACACUCAAUAAGCGUUUGGGAACUGAGGACACUAAUUGUUGAAGCUUUGUAGGUGGAAUUAUUUCCCAUUCUUGCUUGAUGUACAACUUCAGUUGCUCAACAGUCCAGGAUCUCCGUUGUCGUAUUUUGCGCUUCAUAAUGCGCCACACAUUUUCAAUGGGAGACAGGUCUGGACUGCAGGCAGGCCAGUCUAUGUACUCGCACUCUUUAACAACGAAGCCACGCUGUUGUAACGUGCAGAAUGUGGCUUGGCAUUGUCUUGCUGAAAUAAACAGGGACGUCCCUGAAAAAGACGUUGCUUGGAUGGCAGCAUAUGUUGCGCCAAAACCUGUAUGUACCUUUCAGCACUGAUGGUGCCUUCACAGAUGUGCAAGUUACCCAUGCCAUGGGCACUAACAUAAUAACACAGAUGCUGGCUUUAGAACUGUGCGCUGAUAACAAUCCGGAUGAUCCUUUUCCUCUUUGGCCCGGAGGACACGACGUCCAUAAUUUCCAAAAACAAUUUGAAAUGUGGACUCGUCAGACCACAGCACACUUUUCCACUUUGCGUCAGUCCAUCUCAUCUCAGAUGAGCUCGGGCCCAGAGAAGCCGGCGGCGUUUGGGUGUUAUUGAUAUAUGGCUUUUGCUUUGCAUGGUAGAGUUUUAACUUGCACUUGUUGAUGUAGCGACAAACUGUGUUAACAGACAAUAGUUUUCUGAAGUGUUCCUGAACACAUUGAUGUCGGUUUUUAAUGCAGUGCCGCCUGAGGGAUCGAAGGUCACGGGCAUUCAAUGUUGGUUUUUGGGCUUGCCACUUACGUGCAGAGAUUUCUCCAGAUUCUCUGAAUCUUUUUAUGAUAUUAUGGACCGUAGACGAUGAAAUCCCUACAUUCCUUGCAAAUGUACAUUGAGAAAUGUUGUUCUUAAACUUUUGGGCUAUUUGCUCACGUAGUUGUUCACAAAGUGGUGAACCUCACCCCAUCCUUGCUUUUCGGGGAUGCUCCUUUUAUACCCAAUCAUGACACUCACCUGUUUCCAAUUAACCUGUUCACCUGUGGAAUGUUCCAAACAGGUGUUUUUUGAGCAUUCCUCAGCUUUCCCAGUCUUUUUUGGAACAUGUUGCAGGCAUCAAAAAGUGUGUGAUUAUUUGCAAAAAACAAUAAAGUUUAUCAGUUUAAACAUUAAAUAUCUUGUCUUUUUAGUGUAUUAAAUUGAAUAUAGGUUGAAAAGGGUUUUCAAAUGAAUGUAUUCUGGUUUUAUUUACGUUUUACAUGUUGUGGCGAGAGGUUUUCGUCCUGAAACCCGUAACUUGCUUAAAGAAGUGGUAUUAUGCUUUUUGGCUUUUCUCCCUCUGCUUUAUUGAGUUAUUUAUCUUUUUGUGCAUGUAACAGGUUUGCAAAGUGAAAAAGCCCAAAGUCCACCCCAAAGGGAGUCCACAUCUCCCACAGAAAACUCUGCUCUGAACUGCCUGAAAACAGCUCAUUUGUAGUCCAGCCGUUUCCCUUUCAUCCCUGUGACGUCACAGGGAUGAAGUGCAUGUAUGGUUUUGUGUAAAUAUACAGUGUAUUGUAUACACAGUCCUUCAAUUAAACCACUAGUCUACCUGUUUCCUUUACUAUUUGUCUAAUACAAAACACUGCACUGUAGGUUAGAAAAGGUUAUCUCCUUCAUGUAGGCCUACAUAUGACAAACUGAAAAGAACAAGCUACUUUUGAUGUGUUUUAUUUCCAGUUCAUGCUUUUUCAGGCAGUUCAUCAGAACUUGAUGAAUACAAUUUGCAGUUUCAUCACUAUCUUCAUAAAAGUCAAGUAACUUCAGACACAGAAAAAUGCGUUUCUGCGUUACGGGGGGGGCAGACCGGGAUUCUUACUGCUGCAAGCAUGUAGGCCAGGGGUGUUGGUCUUAUAAUAAUAAUAUUAUUAUUAUUGUUGUUGUUGUUGUUUUUAUCAACAGCUGCUGCUGCUGUGUAUGCGACCUUUCUUUUCUUCGUGAGAGGGAACAAUUUAGAAAGUUGCAUGGCGCUGUGGAGAGCCCCAAGCUGCAGUAGUGCAUGGAUUAUGCGUAAUAUUCCUCCAGCCAGAGGGAAGAUCAUGAACUGUUCACAGCGCGCCAAGUUUUGUGCUGAGUUUUGCCUGCCUGCUGAAAAUUACAUGCACCUUAGGGGUAGUAACGCUAAUUCAUACUGAGAAAAGAGGUGGAUGCAAAUCUCAGCAGGUAGCCUACAAUAUCUCUUCUGCCGAUUUAUGCAUUCACCUUUUCAGACACUUUGCUGCAGCAAUGUGCAAUAUGACAAAAAAUAUGGUGUUUUUUGAAAAUUGUAAACAUGUAAACCUGUUCUGUUCUGGUGAGCAUAAUACCACCUCUUUAAAAUCCUUAGUUUAACCCUCAAAAGUACAUAUUUAGAUCAGUGAACAUGUCAGUGCAUCCGAAUGAUGGAAGUCCUUGCGUCAUUGUUUACGAACAAGAUAGUCAAAAUGUUGCCAUGUUGUCAGUAUAAAAUUAGUGUACUCUGGAAGUAUUUUCUGAAUUAAACUAUGGCUGAGGUGUUGAUGACAGUGA